AUAUUGUGAUUCAAUUGAACCAAUUCCAAAAUAUUUGUUUCCAAAUCAGUUUGUCACUUAUACAUCGACAAAGGCUGAAUUUCGGAUGAAGAAAGACUUUGGUAAAAUGUUAACAUUUCAAAAUCGAAAAAUAAUAGAUAUUACACUUAGCCGUGAGAAAAAAUAUCAAACAAUUAUCGGAUUUGGCGGGGCUAUGACCGAUUCAUCUGGUAUUAAUAUUGCGUCACUUACGGAUGCGGCACAAGACUUACUAAUGCAGCAAUAUUUUGGAGAUCGUGGAAUACAGUAUACAAUUAUAAGGGUUCCAAUUGGAGGAACCGAUUUUUCAACACAUUCGUAUAGUUUGGACGACACUCCGUAUGAUAUACAAUUGAAGGAUUUUAAAUUAUCCGAAGAAGAUAAGAAAUAUAAAAUUCCAUAUAUUAGGCUAGCAAUGAGAUUAUCAAAAACAUAUCCAAUACAUUUAAUGGGUUGCUCUUGGUCAGCACCUGCUUAUAUGAAAUCAAAUCAACUUCUUCGUGGCGUGGGAACUUUGGGACGAGCGUAUUAUCAAACUUACGCUAAUUAUUUAACCAAAUUUUUACAAGAAUAUAAAAAACAAGGAUUUAAUUUUGUUACAAUGUCAGCACAAAAUGAACCGAUUAUUGGUGGAACACCUUUAACAACAUAUAAUGGAAUGGAAUGGAACGCUUGGACUCAAACAGAUUUUGUGUUAAAUUAUUUAAGACCAACACUUUCUGAAAAUGGUUUUGAAAAUGUGAAAAUUAUAAUUGGAGAUGAUCAGCGAGUAUUUAUGCCAAACUGGUUAUUGGAAAUGCUCACAUAUAAACCAGAAAUAUCGAAAUAUAUUGAUGGUAUCGGGAUCCAUUGGUAUCUGGAUUCAAUAAGUGAUCCAAACGAAUUAACUAAAAUACAUAAGACACCAGGAUUUGAAAAUAAAUUUAUCAUCUAUACAGAAGCAAGUGUAAAUUCGUUAUGCGGUAAACGUGGUGUGACGUUAGGCGAAUGGGAAAAUGGUGAAGAUUAUUUGAAAAGUUUAAUUGAUACGUUAAAUAAUUGGAAUCAAGGGUGGAUUGAUUGGAAUUUGGUAUUAGAUUUGAAUGGUGGACCUAAUUGGGUUAAUAAUGUUGUGAGUGCACCAAUUAUUGUCAAUGCAAGUGCUAACGAAUUUUAUAAGAAUCCAACAUUUUACGCUUUGGGACAUGUGUCUAAAUUUAUUGUUCCUGGUUCAAUACGUAUUGAUAUGGUGAAUGGCCAUGAUAAAAUUGUAGCAACAGCGUUUGAUACCCCUGAUAAUCGAACCGUUAUUGUUUUGCUGAAUUUAUAUGGACGACAAUAUAAUAUUUUCAUCCAAGAUAUUGAACGAAGCUGGUUUCAAUCUUUAGCAAUUUUACCGCAUUCAUUUAUGACUGUAAUCUAUUGAAAA